CAAGCAGAGACCCAGGAACAAUCCAGAAAGAGCCCGGGCCUUUUCUUAAGAGGGGAAUAGAGAGGUGGCCGCAGCAUGGAGUUCAACCACACGGACUGGAGCCACGACCCCAGACAGGCUUCGUUCAGCCCCGUGGUGAUCGUGUCCGUGGUCAUCCUGGGCCUCACGUGCUUGCUGGGCCUGCCCGGGAACGGGCUGGUGCUGUGGGUGGCUGGCUUUAAGAUGCGGCGGACGGUGAACACCGUGUGGUUUCUGCACCUCACGCUGGCCGACCUCCUCUGCUGCGUGUCCCUGCCCUUCAACCUGGCCUACGUCCUCCAGGGCCGCUGGCCCUUCGGCUGGCUUCUGUGCAAGCUCAUCCCGUCGGCCGUCAUCUUGAACAUGUUCGCCAGCGUCUUCCUGCUCACCGCCAUCAGCAUCGACCGCUGCCUCGUGGUCCUCAAACCCAUCUGGUGUCAGAACCACCGCCGGGUGGGGACCGCCCGGGCCGUGUGCGGGGGCAUCUGGGCCCUGGCUUUUCUCCUGUGCGUGCCUGUGUUCCUCUACCGCGACACGUUCAUGGAGGACCAGCAGGAGGUGUGUGGCUACAACUACGCUGUCUUCGAUCCCGUGGAUCACGUCUACCCAGUUCCCUUCCCGGACAGCGAAUCUCCGGAUCACCUGGCGGUGGACAGCGAAUCUCUGGAUCACGUGUUCAAUGGGUCCACGGAUUCCAGCCGUCUCCCCCCGAUCCGGCUCCUCCCCGACCAAGAGGAGGCUUUGCUGUCUCCCAAUGCCCUGGAGGAGUAUCCCUACCUGCCCGACUACGUCUUUGGGGGGCUGUUCGGGGACGAGGUCCCCACGGAGCUGGUGGUCAUCACGCUCACCAGGCUGGUGCUGGGCUUCGCGCUGCCCGCCAUCAUCAUGGUGGCCUGCUACAGCACCGUGGUGAUCAAGACAAGACGAAGCCUCUUCUCCACGUGUCCCAAGAAGACGUUCAAGGUCGCUGUGGUCAUCGUGAUCGUCUUCCUGGUCUGCUGGGUGCCCUACCACGUCGUCGGGGUGCUGUUCCUGUUCAAGGAGGCCGACCUGCCCGACAGGGAGGCCCUGCUCACCUGGGAUCUCUUCUCCGUGGCCCUGGCCUCGGCCAACAGCUGCUUCAACCCCUUCCUCUACGCCUUCCUGGGGAAAGGCUUCAGGAAGAAGGCGUGCCAGUCCCUGCGGGGGAUCCUGGAGGCGGCCUUCAGCGAGGACCUCACUCCGUCCACCAGCGCCUCCCAGCCCAGAGCCAGCAUGAGCACCGGGGUGUGAGCCCCACCCGGCCCGGAGACGCGGGGCUCCCCCAGGGGGCGGCAUCUGUGGGGACGGCCGCGUGCCGCCGCGCACGCCUGUAAUCCCGGCUCCUCCCGUGUGCUGAGAUCACAGGAUCACCCCCCCCACACACACACACCCCAUGAUGGAAUCCACGCCCCGCACAAGGAACAAGGCCGUGAGACUCUCAGCCAGCACCCCAAAAAAAACCACCCACCAAAAGCCAGCCGUCGAAGGGGUGGUUCACGUGGCCAAGCGCCCAGCCGGCCUGGAGGGCCUGGAGUUCAGGCACGAGGGAAAGAAGGAAAGGA